UGCGGACGGCGCAGGAUCUAAACGCUCAAGGCGCUCGCUCUCGUUCCCCUUAACCACCGGUUAUUUCGUUCCGUCAUUUUCGGGGUUUUAUUGUUACUAAUGAUAACAACGGUUGAGUGCCGGGAUCGGGAUAAUAUUUAAUCAUUCAACUAUUGAUUUUACAACUGUGCUAUUUAUUACCGCGAAAUUUACCUCAAUUCAUUGGUGUUCUCGACACGUUUUGUUUACGUCUUCAAGGAUAAUUCACCGAUUCACCGUGACUUUCAGUCAUCAAUAGUGUUAUUAUUGAUGAUUGGGGGCUUAUAAGUUUCUCUUGAGCAAUCGCGCGCGGUUUAUUGUUUUGUUCGGGAAAAAAAAAUUGUGAGAGGGUGUUGUGAAGUAUUUGAAAAAUCUGGAGUUUCCUUGGAGAGAGAAAAGAUUGAAUUUUUGGGGGGGUAAAACGAUCUGCCAAUCGUUUUUAACUGGAGAAGCUAGGAAAACAGCGGUUGGAGCGCUGACUUUGGUAACAGCCGGUUCUGCUCCUUCGGUCGGCUCUGGAAGCUAUCCGCUGUAUCCUCUUUGCCAUUUUCCCCAUCACCCAGUGCAAACAUAUCGGUAAAUACAAACCAUUAGUGGCACAUAACGUCUACACCCCGUCGGCUAACACAAGGAUGUACGUCUUGUGCACAGUGACAUUGUGAUUUUAUUUGUUGUUUUUGGUUUUUAGUUCUUUCGAAAAUUUUUGGUGUGUUUUUUUUUUGUUCAUUCGAAAAGUGAGUUGUUGACGAAUUCAUGAAGCAAAUGGAGUGACAGUGCGGAACAGUAUCGUGGAGGAUCGAUGCUUUUAUGAUUUUCGGGGGUGGAACGGAAGACGUUUUGAGGGGGCUAAUGCCGUGGGUCUGACACGAGAAUCUGGACGAAUUGUUUUGAGGAUUGGACAGGAUGAGGAAGCAAGGCAACUUGAGUCAUCAGACGAUGUGCUGACGCUGAGUAUGAUUCUGCAUGUGGAAUUUCGAGGCAAAUAGAAGGUGGAUUUGAAGAGAGUGAAGGAGCUCAAGGUGGCCCAAGGGUGGAGGGCGGAGAGCGCGGAACGCAACAUCCACCCGUUCAUCAGCAAGUGUACGGUUAACGAAUUUGGAAGUUACCUUGGCAAAUUGAGGAUCUAUGCCCUAUUUCUCAUACCUGGAGAUUUUCAGGUUCAGACAGAACAGUGAUUUUCCGUGAUUCAAUUGCAAUUUUCAUCGAAUUUUUUUGAGGGAAUUGUGACUGGAAGGAGUUGGGAAGUGUGAAGUGAGACUGUCUUCUUUAUUGAGGGAUUAUACAGCCGCUACGGUGGCUCAGCACGCAGAGUUCCCCGGCGCGGCCAGGGCGUUCAUGGCGCAGCCAAGGUACGAUGAUGGCGGGCUGCACGGGGGUUACCUCGAGGCCGGCGGUGGUGGUGGCACUGGUGGAUUAUACGAUCCACACGGUAAUGCAAGAGGUGUACCGGGUCUUCACCACAGUCCACACUUGGGUGGAAUGGGACCAGCACAUCCACAGUAUCCACCACCACCACAACCACCACCACAACAUGUACUAGCAGCGGCAGCAGCGGCUGCUGCAUCAGCGGUACCUGACGUUCACAAACGCGACAAAGACGCCAUUUAUGGACAUCCACUGUUUCCAUUACUUGCCCUAAUAUUUGAAAAAUGUGAGUUGGCAACGUGCACACCAAGAGAACCAGGUGUAGCAGGCGGUGAUGUAUGUUCGUCAGAGAGUUUCAACGAGGACAUUGCGGUCUUCUCAAAACAGAUCAGACAAGAGAAGCCAUAUUACAUUGCAGAUCCGGAGGUUGAUUCGUUGAUGGUACAAGCGAUUCAGGUCCUCCGGUUUCACCUCCUCGAGCUUGAAAAGGUUCACGAAUUGUGCGACAACUUCUGCCACCGGUACAUCAGCUGCCUAAAGGGAAAAAUGCCAAUAGACCUUGUUAUCGACGAUCGUGACAGCACAAAACCGCCAGAUCUUGGCAAUGGACUCGAUGGCGGACCACGUAGUACAGCUGACAGUACGAGUCAUACAGAUGGAGCGAGUACACCGGACGUCAGGCCACCAUCCUCGUCACUUUCGUAUCCCGGUGCGGGAGCAAAUGACGACGCCAGGAGCCCAGGAAGUGGCGGUACCCCAGGACCACUCAGCCAACAAGCACCUACCAGCUUGGACUCAUCAGAUCCCGACGCCAUGGGGAAAUGGUGUCCACGUAGAGAAUGGAGUUCGCCGCCGGAUGCACAAAGAGCGGCUAGUGAUGCGGCGAGACGCGGUGUUCUCUACUCUUCCGUCUUUCUCGGCAGUCCUGGUGACGCGAGUAACGCGAGUAUCGGUAGUGGUGAGGGUACGGGCGAAGAGGACGACGAUUCGUCGGGUAAAAAGAACCAAAAGAAGAGAGGAAUUUUUCCAAAGGUCGCGACAAACAUCCUCAGGGCGUGGCUCUUUCAACACCUCACGCAUCCCUACCCCUCGGAAGACCAGAAGAAGCAGUUGGCACAGGACACGGGGCUGACGAUUCUUCAAGUCAACAACUGGUUUAUCAAUGCAAGACGUAGAAUCGUUCAACCGAUGAUCGAUCAAAGCAAUAGAGCCGUGUUUCCGCCAUUGUCCGCAGGUCCAAGUGGUGCAUACAGUCCGGAUGCGACGAUGGGCUACAUGAUGGACGGACAAGCAGCCAGCAUGAUGCACCGACCCCCUGGUGAUCCAACCUUCCACAACCAGUAUCAUUAUCCACCUGAAUAUUAUGGACACCAUUUAUAAAGCUAAGAGCCUAGAUAAACGGUGCAGUAAAUCCGCGGGUGACCGAGUCCACGGACCCUGAAAGCCCUGAAAAAAAAAAAAUACACCUAGAGAAAAAGCCUAGAAACCUGGCACUCACCGAUCGACCGGAAAUGACACACGUCUCGGAGUAUCUCCACUGACAGAACUCAAAAAGACACGUGUCCGCGGAAAAUCGCGAUGAAAUAUCCGACGACGGAAGUGACGACGAUCUCUUCAGCGAGUGGUCCCACCCCACCGGUGAUGCAUUAAAAAUUGCACUCACCGAUCAAACGAAAAGCCCGACAGGACCGUAAACGGUUGAUACCGAUCAAGAACGAAUCUACGAAAAAAAAAAUUACUAAAAGCGGCCAAAGGAUUUUGAAGAAAAGUGAAAAAUAUCGGUCGCUAGAACGAAAAAAAAAAAAAAUUCAGAAUAAAAGGGAAUAAAAACAUUCUUGUGAUUGUUCUUUGUACAAAUAUUGCGGUGUAAUAUUGUAGUGAUUGAGAUAUAAAUGUUAAAUUUUAAUACAAUCGCAAUCGACGAAUGGAGAUAAACGAGAAAGGACUAUAUAAUUGAAAUAUAGUGAUAGGAAAAAUUAGCGGGCAUGUACAUUACCUGGUGUUCGCAAGAUAUGAAAAGGAUAAAAAUAAUGGGAAAAGUCUGCGCUCAGUGACUUUAAUGAUCCAAACCCCUGAAAAGGUUGAGACAAUUCACAGCAUGGAGUGAUAAAAAAUUAUCAAAUCCAACUGAUAAUCUGGAAAAAUCAAUUGGAAAUGAAAUUGAGUUUGUGUGUGACCAGAUUCCCGCAGCGUCGACAUUUUCUCGACUUAGGAGACAUUAAAAAUUUGUACAGUUCUUAAUUAUUAUUAAAUCUAAAAUUAAUAAAAAGAAAAAAAAACCAACCGAUGUAAUGAAGGAUACAUGUAUAAAAUAGUCUCCUCACUGUUAUUUGUCGUUUGGAUGCAAUGAAAUUCAAUAAAAUGACACAAUUGUCACUAAACCGACUAGAAUGUCUCGAUUAAUUAUCGGCGUCCGAAUAUUUUUUCAUUGCUUAAAAGAAAAAUGAGAAAGAAAUGACAGUGAGGAGAGCAGAGGGGCGAACAGAGGCUACCACUCGUCCUAGGAAUAAUUAAAAAUUAAUAAUAACAGUUUACUAUAAUAUAUUGUGUAUAAAUAGUUAAUUGAAAAUUGAGAAAGGGAUGAAUUUUGAAAAAUGGGGAAGUUAAAAUUGAAAAUUAUUGAUGGGAAGAAGUGUGAGAGGUUUCAACAGUGCGAAUGUCUGAGAAAAUGAAUGAUUAGUGAAAAUAAUUUGAUAAAUUUUCUCGUGUGGAUUAAUAAAGAGCGAAUGGAAAAAACGAGUGAGAACGUACAAAAAAUGACAGUUAGAUGAAAUUUUAAACCGAACGAAGGACGAGAUUGGAGAAACGGGAAAGGCAAUGUAUCAUAACUAAAUAGACAUAUUCAAAUUUUAGGUAAUUAGGGCCUGAAAGUAUUUCGUUUAUAUCCCUCUCGUUCGAUUUUUUUUAUUCAUUUUGUUGAGGAGAAAUAUUUUCAAUAUUUACUGACGUCCAUAUCCCACGUUCGACUGAAUCUGUUCCUUCUUCCAAGAAUUUAAAAAAAAAAACAUGUAAUUGAUCAUCAUUUCGCCCCUUUAUUCACUCCCAACACUCUCACAAAAGGGUAAUUAUAUAUUUCUAUAUCGAAGUAAUUAUCGCGCGCGCGUCCUUCAUAUACGUAAAAGACAAUUUAAAGAAGGAAUCACAGGAAUGAUAUAAUUGUUGAAUUCAAACACUUGAAUCUUUGAUUUUUUUUUUCAAUGCGAAACGCACGUGGAGAGGAUUCAUCAAUCAUGGGACAUUUUUUGAUUUUCCUUUUAGGUGCGAGGAAUCAUAAUCAUUCUGAAUAUACGAGGAGAAAUUACAGGUAAAUGCAUAUGAGGAAAAUGUAUUUUUAGAAUUUUCACAGAGUGAUGGAUUGGCUCGUAGAAUAUGAGAAAUGCAAAUUCAGUCGAGUGAUGAAACGCGAUGGGUCAAAUUCCAUUUUUUUUCAAUUUGGAAUUAUCUCGUUAAUGAGUCUAUUUAUCGGGGGAAACUGUCGGCAAGCAUUCAACCCUACAUCCACUCGUUAUCGAUAUGAAUCGAUAUUGAUAUUGCGUUUUAUCACUCUCGGAGAGAUCAAGGGAGAGAUAAAAAUGUUCCUUCACUCAUUCGAUUGAAUAUGAAUUUUUAAAGUUCAAAGUCGUAGGUUUUGGAGCGUUCGCUCGUCGAACUUUUAUUUUUCAUAAACAAAGGCACACGAUUUUUGUUUACAUCGGGAUUUGUCCACUCGAUAUAUCAAUCAAUCUUUCUGACGUGCCUCGAGCCAAAGCCUAUCGAUGCCCUAGUAUACUGAAACAACAAGUUUAAACAAAACGAAAAUAAAAACCCACGUAUACCGAAAGACUCAGGUGCAAAUGUCUACCGUUUAUCAUCUUGAUUAAUUGGCGUUAAAAUCGUCCAUUUCCUGUUUCUCGAUUUGCAUUGAAAAACGAAUUGCCGAAUUAUUUUCUCGCAUGGUCAGUAGUUCUUCAAUUAUUUUUUUCUCAAAUAAAAAAUAUAAAUAUAAAUAUUGAAUGAUAAAUUUUAGGAAAUAACUUUUUGAAGUUUUCUAAUUUCAAUAAAUAGUCAAGGACUUGAAUAUUUUUCAUGGGCCAAGGAAAAAUGCUGAUGCAAUUGUUGAAUCGCUCGUUAUACCGUUAUCACAAGAAUCGAUGAAUUUUUCAUUUUAAUGAAAUUGUAUUUGUUGACAAGUAGAUUAUUUAAUUUUGUUGUAAAUCGGUUUAACAUGAUAACGGGUGUGACGACGCGUGACUUCAACAUUUUCUAGCUGAUUAUUUCGAGACUAUUAAUCAUUGAGAACCUGUUAUCGUCGCUGUAGCCAUUAAUUCUGGGAUCCAAUCAUUAUCAUUCGUUCCAGGGCUUUUUUUUCUUAUCAGAAAUUCACCAAUAACGAAUCAGAGACGAGAAUAUAGUGUUAAGUAGCGUGAGAACAUCAUGACGACAUGAGCAUUCGAUAAUUUUAUCGAUUUUUUAAAUGACCGAGAAGUUGAAAACAAAUUUAAUGCAAAUCAGUACAUGAAAUGGAUACGGUUGUACGCAUUGGCUGUUCGUUUAUGAAAUGAGUUCAUUCGAUUGAAUCAUCGCCUUAAAAAAUGUAUACGAAGUAACAGUUAAGGUAUCUAAGUAAUAAUCAUGUUAGAGGAUUUUAAAUCUAAAAAAGAUUGAAGAAUUAAAAAUCCGAGUUUUUAUGCGCCGCGAUACGAGGAAAGAAAUGAUUUUAAAAAUGAAAAACAGGUGAUUGGAUGGCGAGUGUGUGAAAACGAGUGCAUGUAUUUUACUGUGAAUGACUGAUGGUAAGAAGGAAAAGUCUUGAUUAAAAAAAAAA